AUGUCUACCUCCAGAUUGAAUCACAGGCGGCCCAAGCUUCAGAAUCCUUAUGACCGUCGCCCACAUGAUAUGGGCACACAUGGUUUAGCCUUGCCGCGCUUCACUCCUGGUGGGUCCGAGUAUGGUGAUGAGGCGCUUCGCUCCAGCGUCAACUCGGCUAUGACCUCACAGUCCAGCAUUGAGCACGCCAGUGGAACGGAACGCAGUAGUGUCUUGACAAAAAGCAGCUCAAUCACCGAUCUGUCUCCCGACACCCCUGAUGGACCCGAAAAGGAUGGGGGAAUGAGUGUCGAGGAUGCCAUCUCUAUGUAUCUGGAUGGAUUCAGCGAUGUGACUGAAGAGCCAGCCUCCCCCGACCUCUAUGAAGAGAACAAACAACGACCGGUCAGUCCUCGGCCUGCAACGGCUGUAACGGAUUUCUCAAUCGACCACGGCCACACCUCGGAGGAGCAUUCCCCUGAUUUCAACCCAUCGUAUGAUAAUCCACCGGUGCCAUCGCUUCCCGAUCUCGAUGAAUCGGAAGAUCAGGCACUGCCAGAGCUGGAUCACUCGAUGCUGGAACCAACCUUACCGGCCCUCACGGGGUCUCAAACGACACCAGAACAACAGCCAGUCGAACACACGCCAGUGGACGAGACCCGGCCAGAGUUACCUCCACCACAGCUGACUCCGCCACAACAGAAGGUAGAGCCAAAGCUACCGGAGCCGAAAUCACCAUCCUCGGGUAUUGACAAGCAAGAGUCCAAGGUCAUUCUGCCUGGCCUCGUGCCGCCUCCAUUGAUGAAACCAACGAGUACGCGGGACUGCUAUGGAUUUCGGAAAGCCACCACUUAUGUAACCGUGGAGCAGUACGAGGCCUGGAAUGGCCCCUACUCCCACUUCGCAGCCAACCGAAGUGCGAAAUGGGCCGAGCUGCUCAAGGAGCAUGGGCUGGCGACGGCCGAGCCAACCGCAUUCCCUCCCAAGUCGUCCAAGAUCAAGCGCUUUGUGCGGAAGGGCAUUCCGUCCGAGUACCGAGGGGCAGCGUGGUUUUUCUAUGCGGGGGGCUACGAGCUCUUGAAUCGAAACCUCGGCCUUUAUGACCAACUUGUCCAGCGGGCCAUGGUGUCUCCGACCAACGAUGACAAGGAGCACAUCGAGCGGGAUUUACAUCGGACCUUUCCCGAUAAUAUCCACUUUAAGCCCGAAGCCUCCGACCCAGGUUCUAGCUCUGGUAGCAGCAACCUGCGGCAUGGGUCAGCUGUCGUCGAGACACAAAUGAUCCAAUCUCUCCGGCGUGUCCUGUACGCGUUUGCCCUCCACAACCCUAAGGUCGGGUAUACGCAGUCGCUCAACUUCAUCACGGGCAUGUUACUCUUGUUUCUCCCUGAAGAGAAGGCGUUCUGGAUGUUGCACAUUGUCACCUCCUCCUACCUGCCUGGUACUCAUGAGAUUAGUCUCGAAGGAGCCAAUAUUGAUCUCUGGAUUCUCAUGGUCUUACUAAGAGAAUCAUUGCCGAACAUCUACAACAAGAUUGGCAGUGCAGGACCCACUGGUGGUCGAGCCAAAGUCCCGGCUUUGACUGUUCACUCCCGGCUUCCGGACAUCACCCUAGGACUGACCAAUUGGCUUAUGUCAGUUUUCAUCGGGACUCUGCCCCUGGAAACAACGCUGCGGGUCUGGGAUGUUUUCUUCUACGAAGGUUCCAAGUCAUUUUUUCGUGUUUCGUUGGCCAUUUUCAAGGCAUGUGAGCGCGAUAUUCUCCGCGUCUCCGAUCCCAUGGAGGUUUUCCAGGUCGUCCAGACAGUUCCCAAGCGGUUGCUGGAUGCCAACUCGUUGCUUGACGACUGCUUUGUGCGGCGACAUCGAGUUGGGCAGGGCCGGAUCGAGGAACUCCGUGCGUCUCGCCGGGCGGCAGUUCGGCAGGAUAAAAUGCGCCGAUCAUUGGCAGUUAGUCAAGGUACGCUUCAAGCAGCGACUGAUGAUGGACAGGCAGCUAGUUAUUAUAACCCUACCCAGGGAUUUGGCGACGCCCAGCAGGGUCAACCUGGGGGACAACCGGUCUACGAGAAUCAAAACAACCAGUACAAUAACAAUUACAACUACCAAGGAGGUGCUGAGCCCAAGGGCCCUCCCCCCAACUACAACCAGGCCGUUUAUGGAUUUGAUGAGGCGUUCAAGAUCGAGAAGCCUAAAUUCAACGAUAUCUGGGCUGGUCUUCUGUUAAUUGCGGUUUUUCUUGGAUAUGUCGCAGUGUCGGGUGUAACCAUUCACAAGUACGCCAAAUACAAAGGGUUCAACGGUGGUGGCAUCUACGAUUCGGCCAACGAUUUCUCCCUUGACACCAAUACCCUCGUUCUGUUCGUGUUUGUCCUCUGCGUCGCGCUCGCUUUUUCGUACGCGUAUUUUCUCGGAGCGCGAUACUUUACCAAAUUUUUCAUCUGGGCCACGGGUAUUCUGAAUAUCGUAUUCGCAUUGGGAACCGGCAUCUACUACAUCAUCAGAAAGCAAUAUGGAGGUGGAAUCGUGUUUCUCAUCUUCGGGGUAUUCGCAAUCGUGUGUUUUAUCAGCUGGAUUCCUCGCAUUCCGUUCAGUGCUUUUAUGUUGCAGACGGCUAUAGACGUUUCUCGGAAUUAUGGACACAUGUUCAUCGUCAGCACUGUUGGAGGCAUUGUGGCCGUUGCUCUUGGAGCCUGGUUCUCUGUGACACUGGUCGCGAUAUAUGUUGCCUAUGAACCCGACAGCAGCGGCACUAAUCCAUCAUGCGCCAGUGGGGGAUGCAGCACAGCACGAGUGAUUGGACUGACUGUGUACGUGACGUUUGCCAUGUAUUGGUUCAGCGAAUGGGUGAAGAACACGGUGCAUACAACCAUCGCAGGUGUCUACGGGACUUGGUACUUCUGGAGUCAAUCGCCAGAUGGGAUGCCCAAGGGAGCAACCCGAGGCGCAUUUCGACGGGCCACCACCUACUCAUUUGGCAGCAUUAGUUUUGGCAGCUUGAUUAUUGCCAUUAUCAAUAUGCUCCGGCAAGCGUGUUCAGUUGCCCAACGACAUGAAGCCGGGGAAGGCAACUUGGUGGGGAGCAUCUUCAUCUGGAUUCUGGGAUGCUUCAUUUCUCUCCUGGACUGGUUGGUAACCAUCUUCAACCGCUAUGCCUUCUGCCACAUCGCUCUGUACGGAAAGGCAUACAUCCCCGCAGCCAAGGAUACAUGGACGAUGAUGAAGGAUCGAGGUGUUGACGCCCUCGUUAACGAAUGUUUAAUUGGACCCGUGCUGACCAUGGGAUCGGUUUUUAUUUCGUAUCUCUGCGCGCUGCUGGCAUACCUCUAUCUGCAGUUCACCAAGCCAGGGUACAACAGCGAAGGCGACUUUACAGCGGUCAUCAUGGCCUUUGCGUUUGUGAUUGGGUUGCAAAUCUGCCAGAUCUUCAUGACACCGAUUGGCAGUGGCGUGGAGACGAUAUUCGCUGCGAUGGCAUGGGAUCCUCAGGUGAUGAUCCGUGACCAUCCAGAUCUGUACUAUCGGUUGGUGCAGUUGUAUCCUCGCAUUCAACAAGCCAUUCAUGCGUGA